CCUCACCACCACCUCGUUACGCCGUGCUACGUGGGGCUGCCUGUGCGGACUACGGAUUCAAAUCGUCGGAUCGCGCGCGCCCCACAAUUUUGGGAGCCUCAAAGCCGGCGGCCGCGGAGGCGUUCACGGUCGCUCCACUGCUGGACUAAAAAUCUCCACCGUCUCUCACGAGCCCUGCGAUGUGUAAUGAAUGCCGUUGGCUCUAAACGUCGUUCGUUGUCGCGAUCCCGGAAGCCAUGGCGACCAGGUUUAACCGAGCUCUACCUAGGCCAGGUAUUUUCCGCUUUCUGUGGGAGCUGGAAGGAGGAGGGCCUACUGACGGCGAGGUGCAGAGUGUGCGCACCAUCGGAAGGAUGGUCCUGUACGAUGCGGUUCUUUCGCGGGCGAGAAUCACGAUGGUGAAUGGGACCGAGUAUCACAAGCUGUGGGUAGACACGUCGCUCAUCGAGCCCUUCACCACCCGCAUGGGAGGGCUCUACCUGUUCCUCGGGGAGAUCGAGAGGCUCACAGAUGAGGAGCGCCCUCUGUUGAAGGCACGUGUAGUGCAGUGUGUGGAUGGCGUGGACCUCCCUGCCCUGGAGCAAGCAUUGAAGGACCAGCGCAGAUAUCUGGCCACCAGAGAAGGCUCGGAGAUGAGCUAGUUCAAAAAGCUCGAAUAACUUAGAUUCUUCCAGAUAAAACUUUCGAUUUAUAACCCAUCAACUUGAACAUGUAUAUCCCGUUUGUCAUUGCACUUCCUGGAUGAUGGUCUCCCUACAGCGUUGCGGGUCAUCGUGGUUAUUUGACCCUACUUCACCUUGUUGCUCAGUGCGAGUUUGUUAAGCAACGGAGCACAGAUGUGGAAGAAUAGUCACAGUUUCAAGGAUGUUUCUACACUGCCCUCUGUUGACCAGAAUGUAGUACAGCUCCGCAGCCACCUAUAUUACAUUAAGCAUGGGUAUUUAUCGUCACAACUCCUAUAACCUAGGUUAUCACGAGUGUGCAGAAAGCAUACGUUGCAAGCUCUAUUAAACAUGUUCUGUCUUGCAUUUUCUACUGAACUGUUGAAGAGUCUCGAACGUGCAGCUGUAGUCCAUUUCAGGUCAAUGGACCGCAAAGCCACGAGGUCCAAAUCUCGCUCUCUGAGAGCGCGGAAUGACCAGGUUGGCGUGAGCUGACAAAUGCUUCGUGCUGAUGGACGACACACGCGUCCAUCAGCACGGAGCAGAUUGGCGUAGACACUUGUACACCAAUAUGCAACAGUUUGUAAUCAAUGUUUUAUUUAAUUGGCAGCCAGUGCAGGUCAUCACGAGUGGUCAGUGUGAUGUGGUCAUACCCUCAGCUUCUGCACUAUCAGACGCCCUGCUGCGUUUAGGACAGACUGGAGUGGACAUAGAUGGGAUGGCACUGGCGCAGCCGAAGACAUUUACAAUAGUCAAACACGACUCGUGAUGAAUGAAUGCGUGCGGAUUUAUGUAGGAGCUGAGGCGCGAUCACGAUGCAACACAUGAAGCAGCUUUAUUAUGAAAGUAAUCGCACCAUCGAUUAGCACGGUUGGCUACGUACGGUGAAGAAUACGUUCUACAUAUAUACAAAGCUGGGUGUCAUCAGCAUAUCUGUGUAUGCCAAGACUUUGUUGCUCAGCGAUGGUUGUCAUGUCAGCCGUUGAAAGUAGAAAGUUCGAGACCCACUUCCUCGUGGCACUCCGCAAUGGACUGCUGACGUGGUUGAUUCCUGACCAGGGAAGGCGACGUCUGCAUCCUCUGCCAGAUUAAAGAGUCAAUCCACGACCGUACAAAUCCAACUCCAAACGCAGUGUGAAAACGGUCGAUGAGGAUGUCAUGCUCGACCAUGUCAAAAGCAGCAGACAUCCUAGCGUCCUGGGUGAUUGCCCAUCCAAGUUUUAGCCUGGCUUAAAUUCCUGCUUGGCUUCUGAGAUUUUACGAGACGGGUCACGUUCCAGGUGAUUCUCAUAGAAAAUCCAUUAACAUUCUCUAAACAAUAUAGUGAUGCUUAAAUCUAAAUGGUUUGGUGUUCAUAUGCAUUUUGACUUUUAGAAAGUUUGUAAAUAUAUUUUGCCUAUUUGCAAACUACAAAUAUUUUUAUAAAGAUGAGCAACCUUUUUGUUUACAUAAAAUAUUCCAUUCCAUCUUGCUGCAACCAAUAUAAUGUAUGCUCUGGAUUCCCAUUUUAUAAAAUGCAUUAUUUUAGGAUACAACUAUAAUGUGAAAAUAAAAGUCCAAACAUUCAAAUA